AUGAUCGAAACCAAUAAUGCUUUGGCAGUCCUACAGAAAGAAGAGAAGGCGACAAGGUGGAAUGAGCUCAAGUUUAUGGAGGAUGAGAAGUGGACAGAAAAGUUGGUGGCACAAGCAAAGAUGGUAAAAGAGGAGGAGCAUAAGCUUGCACUUGAGGAGGAGAGGCUUGCAAAAGAGAAGAAGGUCAACGAGAAUGCUAUCAUGUUCAUGGACCCGAGCACAAUGGAUGCCAUGGCAAGGAAGUGUUGGGAGCUCGCUCAUGAGGAGAUCUUAGCUCAAAAGGAGAUCGGCCGUGGUGGUGGUGGUACCCGUGGGGGUUAUGGUGCUAGACAUGGAGGAUAUGGUGGUGGCCACGAUGGUGAUGGUGAUGGACAUGGAGGAGAUGGUGGUGGUCGUGGGGUGAUGGUGGUGGCGGUGAGCAUGAAAGCGCUUGAGUUUGUGUUGUAUGCACUAUAA